UUAGAGAUCAUCUUAAAAUUCAUGUUUGUUAUCUUCUGUCAUUUCUUUCUUUGCAGAAGUGUGGUGGUGCCUGUGAAGAAGCCUCCUCCAGGUAGCUUAGCUGUAACCACUGUGGGAGCCACUACUGUUGGAAGUGGACUGCCAACAGGCAGUACCUCUAAUAUAUUUGCUGCUACUGGAGCUACACCAAAAAGUAUGAUUAAUACAACAGGUGCCGUGGAUUCAGGGUCCUCCUCCUCUUCCUCCUCUUCUAGUUUUGUGAAUGGUGCUACCAGCAAAAACCUUCCAGCUGUACAAACUGUUGCUCCAAUGCCAGAAGAUUCAGCUGAAAACAUGAGCAUCACUGCAAAACUUGAAAGAGCUUUAGAAAAAGUUGCUCCUCUUCUUCGUGAAAUUUUUGUAGACUUUGCCCCAUUCCUAUCUCGUACACUUCUUGGCAGUCAUGGACAAGAGCUAUUGAUAGAAGAAAGGGGUAAUCAAUAUCAAGAUGAUCUUGAAUGGCAAAAUUCUAUUCAGAAGAAUGCAGGACUUGCAUUUAUUGAGCUGAUCAAUGAAGGAAGAUUACUGUGCCAUGCUAUGAAGGACCAUAUAGUUCGAGUUGCCAAUGAAGCUGAGUUUAUUUUGAACAGACAGAGAGCUGAGGACGUACAUAAACAUGCAGAAUUUGAGUCACAGUGUGCCCAAUAUGCUGCUGAUAGAAGAGAAGAAGAAAAGAUGUGUGACCACCUUAUCAGUGCUGCCAAACAUCGAGAUCAUGUCACAGCAAAUCAACUGAAACAGAAAAUUCUCAAUAUUCUCACAAAUAAACAUGGUGCUUGGGGGGCAGUUUCUCAUAGCCAAUUGCAUGAUUUCUGGCGUUUGGAUUACUGGGAAGAUGACCUUCGUCGAAGGAGGCGAUUUGUUCGUAAUGCAUUUGGCUCCACUCAUGCUGAAGCAUUGCUCAAAGCUGCAAUAGAAUAUGGCACUGAAGAAGAUGUAGUAAAGUCAAAGAAAACAUUCAGAAGUCAAGCAAUAGUGAACCAGAAUGCAGAGACAGAACUUAUGCUGGAAGGAGAUGAUGAUGCAGUCAGUCUGCUACAGGAGAAAGAAAUUGACAAUCUUGCAGGCCCAGUGGUUCUCAGCACCCCUGCCCAGCUCAUCGCUCCCGUGGUGGUGGCCAAAGGGACUCUCUCCAUCACCACGACAGAAAUAUACUUCGAGGUAGAUGAGGAUGAUCCCGCCUUCAAGAAGAUCGACACAAAAGUUCUUGCAUACACUGAGGGACUUCAUGGAAAAUGGAUGUUCAGCGAGAUACGCGCUGUAUUUUCAAGACGUUAUCUUCUACAAAACACUGCUUUGGAAGUAUUUAUGGCAAACCGAACCUCAGUUAUGUUUAAUUUCCCUGAUCAAGCGACAGUAAAAAAAGUUGUCUAUAGCUUGCCACGGGUUGGAGUAGGGACCAGCUAUGGUUUGCCACAAGCCAGGAGGAUAUCAUUGGCCACUCCUCGACAGCUUUAUAAAUCUUCCAAUAUGACUCAGCGCUGGCAAAGAAGGGAAAUUUCAAACUUUGAAUAUUUGAUGUUUCUUAAUACCAUAGCAGGACGGACUUAUAAUGAUCUGAACCAAUAUCCCGUAUUUCCAUGGGUGUUAACAAACUAUGAAUCAGAAGAACUGGACUUGACUCUUCCAGGAAACUUCAGGGAUCUAUCAAAGCCAAUUGGUGCUUUGAACCCAAAGAGAGCUGUGUUUUACGCCGAGCGUUAUGAGACAUGGGAAGAUGAUCAGAGCCCCCCCUACCAUUAUAAUACUCAUUAUUCAACAGCUACAUCUACCUUAUCCUGGCUUGUUCGGAUUGAACCUUUCACAACCUUCUUCCUCAAUGCAAAUGAUGGAAAGUUUGACCAUCCAGAUCGAACCUUCUCGUCAGUUGCAAGGUCUUGGAGGACUAGUCAGAGAGAUACUUCUGAUGUAAAGGAACUGAUUCCAGAGUUCUACUACUUACCAGAGAUGUUCGUCAACAGUAAUGGAUAUAAUCUCGGAGUCAGAGAAGAUGAUGUAGUGGUAAACGACGUCGAUCUUCCCCCUUGGGCAAAAAAGCCUGAAGACUUUGUACGGAUCAACAGGAUGGCCCUGGAAAGUGAAUUUGUUUCUUGCCAACUGCAUCAGUGGAUCGACCUUAUAUUUGGCUACAAACAGCGAGGACCAGAAGCAGUCCGUGCUCUGAACGUUUUUCACUACUUGACCUAUGAAGGUUCUGUGAACCUGGAUAGUAUCACUGAUCAUGUGCUCAGGGAGGCCAUGGAGGCCCAACUCCCAGAGCCAGGGCAGGUGUCCAGCUCACCCGCCACAGAGCCACACUUGAGUCAAACACUGUCUCUGCACUAACUGUGUUUCCUUCCACAGAGCCCACUCAUGUUUAAAGAUCAGAUGCAACAGGAUGUGAUUAUGGUGCUGAAGUUUCCAUCAAAUUCUCCAGUAACCCAUGUGGCAGCUAACACUCUGCCCCACCUCACCAUCCCUGCAGUCGUGACAGUGACCUGCAGCCGAUUGUUUGCAGUGAAUAGAUGGCACAACACAGUAGGCCUCAGAGGAGCUCCAGGAUACUCCUUGGAUCAGGCCCAUCAUCUUCCCAUUGAAAUGGACCCAUUAAUUGCCAACAAUUCUGGUGUGAAUAAACGACAGAUCACAGACCUUGUUGACCAGAGUAUACAAAUCAACGCACAUUGUUUUGUGGUAACAGCAGAUAAUCGCUACAUUCUUAUCUGUGGAUUCUGGGAUAAGAGCUUCAGAGUUUAUUCUACAGAAACAGGGAAAUUGACUCAGAUUGUAUUUGGCCAUUGGGAUGUAGUCACAUGCUUGGCCAGGUCAGAGUCGUACAUUGGUGGGGACUGCUACAUCGUGUCUGGAUCUCGAGAUGCUACCCUGCUUCUCUGGUACUGGAGUGGGCGGCACCAUAUCAUAGGAGACAACCCUAAUAGCAGUGACUAUCCCGCACCAAGAGCUGUCCUCACAGGCCAUGACCAUGAAGUUGUCUGUGUUUCCGUCUGUGCAGAACUUGGACUUGUUAUCAGUGGUGCUAAAGAGGGCCCUUGCCUUGUCCACACAAUCACUGGAGAUUUGCUGAGAGCCCUUGAAGGACCAGAAAACUGCUUGUUCCCACGCUUGAUUUCUGUCUCCAGUGAAGGCCACUGUAUCAUUUACUAUGAACGAGGGCGGUUCAGCAAUUUCAGCAUUAAUGGGAAACUUUUGGCUCAAAUGGAGAUCAAUGAUUCAACACGGGCCAUUCUCCUGAGCAGCGAUGGCCAGAACCUGGUGACUGGAGGGGACAAUGGUGUGGUAGAGGUCUGGCAGGCCUGUGACUUCAAGCAGCUGUACAUUUACCCUGGCUGUGAUGCUGGCAUUAGAGCAAUGGACUUAUCCCAUGACCAGAGGACUCUGAUCACUGGCAUGGCUUCUGGUAGCAUUGUAGCUUUUAAUAUAGAUUUUAAUCGGUGGCAUUAUGAGCAUCAGAACAGAUACUGAGGGUGAACGAAGAACCAAAAGCCAAGUUAAAGCUGAGAGCACAAGUGCUGCAUGGAAAGGCAAUAUCUCCGGUGGAAACACUUCGUCUACAUCGACCUCCGUCUGUACAUUCCAUCACACCCAGCAAUAGCUGUACAUUGUAGUCAGCAACCAUUUUACUUUGUGUGUUUUUUCACGACUGAACACCAGCUGCUAUCAAGCAAGCUUAUAUCAUGUAAAUUAUAUGAAUUAGGAGAUGUUUUGGUAAUUAUUUCAUAUAUUGUUGUUUAUUGAGAAAAGGUUGUAGCACGCGUCACAAGAGACUUUUGACGAUUCUGAGGAACCUUGUGUCCAGUUGUUACAAAGUUUAAGCUUUGAACCUAAACUGCAUCCCAUUUCCAGCCUCUUUUCAAUGAGAGAAUAAAAAAAACAAAAACACGUUUGAUACUUUGUACAUCAGAUGCAUCUUAUUUAAAGGGAUACUUUUGUAAAAGUAAAACCUUGUAUAAAGAACAAAACGUUUCUUAAUUUUAUUGUGGAGUUACAACUUGCAUGUUCUUUACUCCUGAUGUCUUGAUGGAACAGGUGCAUUCACACUAUGAAACAGAAAGAUCUGUCCAAGGACACAGCUUGUAUGAAAGGGUUGAAUUUGGGCUCAAUCAGUAAUUUUUGACAUUUCACCAAAAUAUGGUUUAUACUUUUUAAUCUAAAUUCAUCCCUUCUAAGUGAAAUUUGCUCAUAAAGCAUUUGGAUACUAAGCCAUUAUUUGCAAUUUUUAGUACUUUAUACAAAGAAAAUUCAGCCUACCCUUCAUAAUCUGAAGACAUGGCAGAAAGGGGUCUUAGGGAUGAGGUCCUGGUUUUUGUUGUAUAAAUAGGAGUCAUGAUCGUUAGUUCCAUAGUAAUGACUUCCCAACACCUGGACAUCUCUUCCAGAGUCAUCCUGCUGGCUGAGUGUAUACAGUAGGGGAGGAGAAUCUGAUGCUUUUUUUUUUUU